CAUAAUUUCCAUGGCCAGACGAGAUACGUUUAAAAUUCAAACCCUACAGAUUUAGAAAGAGAGAGAGAUAAUCACAUGGAAGAAGGCCUGCCUCCACCGUUACACCCUCCCUCACAUUUUCUUUAGGUUUCUCUUUUUCUCUCUUUCUCUCUCUUUCUAUUUAUAUAACUAAGCUACCACUCCAAUACCCUAAAAACAAGAUUUGUGAGGUGGGUUUUUGUUCUUUUUCCAUUUUUGCUUGGCUUUUGGUUCCGGGUUUUGAAUUUGGUGAUCUGGGUUUUUGGGAAUUGUGGGUUUUUGUUGAGAGAGAGAGAGGGAGGGGGGUGAAAUGGAGGACGGGAUGUUGUUGCAGUGGAGUGUUUUCAGAUCUCUUCUUGCAAUUCUCCAGUGGUGGGGCUUUAAUGUCACUGUGAUUAUCAUUAACAAAUGGAUCUUUCAGAAGUUGGAUUUCAAAUUUCCUCUAUCAGUAUCAUGUGUUCACUUUAUAUGCUCAUCAAUUGGAGCAUAUCUGAUAAUCAAAGUGCUAAAGCUUAAACCUCUAAUAGUGGUUGAUCCUGAAGAUCGUUGGAAACGGAUAUUUCCCAUGUCUUUUGUGUUCUGUAUCAACAUAGUGUUGGGAAACAUCAGUUUACGCUACAUCCCAGUUUCUUUUAUGCAGACAAUAAAGUCAUUCACUCCUGCAACCACAGUUGUUUUACAGUGGUUGGUAUGGAGAAAGUACUUUGACUGGCGAAUCUGGGCCUCUUUGGUUCCUAUUGUUGGAGGAAUACUGCUCACAUCUAUUACAGAACUUAGUUUUAAUAUGUUAGGUUUUUUUGCUGCCUUAUUUGGAUGUUUAGCUACUUCUACAAAGACUAUCCUUGCAGAAUCUUUGCUGCAUGGAUAUAAGUUUGACAGCAUAAACACUGUCUACUACAUGGCACCUUUUGCAACCAUGAUCUUGGGAGUACCAGCACUGUUACUUGAAGGUAAUGGGGUUAUGGAUUGGUUUGAGACCCACCCCUCUCCCUGGGCAGCCCUAAUCAUUAUUUUCAGCUCGGGAGUGCUGGCCUUCUGUCUUAACUUCUCCAUUUUUUACGUGAUUCACUCAACUACUGCUGUCACAUUCAAUGUUGCUGGGAACCUUAAGGUAGCAGUUGCUGUAUUGGUUUCAUGGCUGAUAUUCCGAAACCCAAUUUCGGCUCUAAAUGCCGUAGGCUGUGGUAUUACACUUGCUGGAUGUACAUUUUAUGGGUAUGUCCGACACAUUCUUUCCCAACAGCGUCCUGGAACGCCGCGAACACCCCGGACACCUCGCACGCCAAGGAACAGGAUGGAACUGCUUCCCCUUGUAAAUAAUGAUAAGUUAGAUGAUAAGGUCUAAUUACGUUUGUAAUGCCUGCGGUUCUUGGCUUUUGGAGGAGGGAUGAUACAAAGAAAUGGCAUAGUUUGGACAGGAUGCGCCAUCACUUUAUGCGAAAUUUACAUUAGAUUACUCAUUAGUUGGAAAGUUUUUAACAUAUUUUCUUGUCUCAAAAACAGAAAUUUAUGAGGUUUCUUACAUCUCUUUAUUUAUUAAAUUGCCUCUAAAUGUUGAGUACAUGAAACCAAUUGGAAAUUUUUAUUUU